AUGGACAUGGACACGGACUUCACAGAGCGUCGUAGAAGGCAUGUCGGAUCCAUGGCAGGUGGCAGCGUGGACCUGCUGAUCAUGACUGUCUUGUUGAGUCGCGACAGUAGCCUCGCUGGAUCGAGGUGUAACGGCCUUACCGAGGCUGUUGUGUCUCCGCCAGGCACAAGCGCUUCCCCACGAUUGCUCACUCGUCACUUACACGCACCCAUCUCCACCCCGCGUGCGAUCGAUCCUCUUGCAGGCGCCAGACCACAAAUCUGCUCGACCAAACAUAAUAAGAACCUCAAUUAUUCCAUCUCCCGUGCUUCCUCCAGCACAGCCGAUAACGGUGAAUUCGGUUUUCCAUUAUUAGCUUUGUCUUGCGUCCUGGCAAAGCCGCCCACCACAAAGUUGUCCACGCUUCGUCCUUGGGAGGAGGCCUCGGACCGGCCAGGAACGGGCCUGUUUGGUCCUGCAGUCCACGAGGCCAGGCCCGUGGCCAAUCCUGGCGGUGCGGAAGAUUCCUUCGGCGAGCAAGACCACCGCUGA